AUGGAGGCGCAGGGUGGCCUGGGCCCACGCCAGUCAGUCCGGCCCCCACUCACCCGGCUGCCGUUUGCAGAGCCCAGAAGGACCUCGCACUCCCGGGCCAAGGCUGAGGCCGCCCUCACCGCCGCGCAGAAGGCCCAGGAGGAGGCGCGCGUCGCCAGGAUCACUGCCAAAGAGUUCUCCCCCUCCUUCCAGCACCGGGAAAACGGGCUCGAGUACCAGCGGCCGAAGCACCCGAUUUCCAGCAGUGACAUCGAGGUGGCCUCCACGGGGACGCCCCUGCAGCAGGAGAGUCCCGAGCUGUACCGCAAAGGCACCACCCCCUCGGACCUGACCCCCGACGACAGCCCCCUGCAGAGCUUCCCCGCCAGCCCCACGGCCACCCCGCCCCCGGCCCCUGCCUCACGGAACAAGGUUGCCCACUUCUCCCGGCAGGUCUCGGUGGACGAGGAGCGAGGCGGGGACAUCCAGAUGCUCCUGGAGGGCCGGGGAGGGGACUCUGCCCGCAACAGCUGGGGCGAGGAGAAGGCCGGCAGCUCCCGGGGCGUCCGCAGCGGCGCCCUCCGCAGCGCUCAGCCUGCAGAUGACUUCCGCUCCCGGGGCUCGGGCCCCAGGCAGCCCGGCAACCCCAAGUCCCGGGAGCGGCGGACGGAGUCGCCCCCCACCUUCUCCUGGACUUCCCACCACCGGACCGGCAACCCCGGCUCCGCGGGCGCCAAGCUGCUGGAGCUGGAGGAGGAGAAGCUGAGCAACUACGAGAUGGAGAUGAAGCCGCUGCGGCGGAGGGACUCGGGCGCGCAGGGGGCGCACACCCAGGAGCGGCGCUACGGCAGGGGCGGGGCCUGCCGGGGCCGGGGGGAGGAGCGGGGCUUCGGCGCACAGAGACUGCGGGCCAAGCCCCAGAGCAAGGACGGCGCCCGGCCGGCCCCCUGCGCAGAGCCCGCGGUGCAGCGGCUGGAGAGCCUGCGGCUGGGGGAGCGGGCUGAGCCGCGGCUGCUGCGCUGGGACCUGGCCUUCUCCCCGCCCCAGAAGUCGUCCCCGGUGGCCCUCGAGUCGGACGAAGAGGACGGGGACGAGCUCAAGUCCAGCACGGGCUCGGCCCCUAUCCUGGUGGCCAUGGUGAUCUUGCUCAACAUCGGAGUCGCCAUCUUGUUUAUUAACUUUUUCAUCUGAUGAGACGUCACGUGAGCAAAAACAAUGGUUGGUGUACAGAAGGGGGACGUAAAAAAAAAAAAAAAACCGACAAAAAGGAAAGGACCGUAACUCGGACGGCCCGACCACCACCUCCGAGUCUUUUCACGAGCAACGUGAUUGGGUAUUACUCACAGUUUGCCUUUUUUUCUGGGUAAUGUUUUUUGGAUUUUAGCCAGAAUUCCUUGCUUGUAUAACACUAUGCUGUGUGGCAUGGCAGAAGGAGGCCAGCACGCCGACCCUCCAGCUUGGUGUGGAGAGAAAGGGAUCCCGGCAAAUCAGGGGCCAAAAACUAAAAGGGUCGCCGCCCUCGCCGCCAGCGCACCCACCGGGGACUCUGGAAGAGGAGGAGGACUCAACGCGUCCGGCUGCGCCGUGAGGCUGAAUGCGGGCAGGCUGUCCCUCCGCGGCGCCCGUGUCCCGCACAGAGGGUGACAGCGGGGGAGAGGGCGCGCCAGCCCAGCUGAAUCUGUGCCGUGCACUCGAGGAAGCAGGGGGCUGCCGCUCCCCUUCCCCUCUGCCCCCACCCCCAGAGUCUGAGAGCAGGGUCCUCCCCCCCUCCACUCCCCCCUUCCCCCAGCCCCCCAGGCAGCAGUGGUGCAGAGGGGACAGAGGGCAGGGCAGGGAGCGCCGUGGGGCCACUCAGCCGCCAGCUCUGGCUCCGAGGGUGUGGCCUUACUCCACGUGGCAUGCAGGAUAUGUCCUCCCGUCCCUGUCCACCGUCCGUGGCAGUGAGCUGGCCCGCAGCGACAUCCUCCUCUCUCGCGGUCACUGGGCACGUGGGUUUUCACAUCUUUGUCCUGAGCCGGCCUCCACUUCCCCCACAGAUAUGCACACUCUUUCCAGAUGCCUCGUUCAUACUCCGGAGCUGGUCUGGUUCCAGGACAGGAAUGUGGGUGGAACCCAGGGGCUUGAAAAUGCCUGAGCACUUGCUGCCUGUCCAUGUCCCCCCAAAACACACCGUAACUGGGUUCAGUCAAUUCUGCCUUCUCUACCAGUCUUGCUCCAUCCUCCAGACAAAAGAACAAGGUUCCAGAAUGUUCGGGCGCCCCGGGGCCCUAGCGCUGGAGCCGGCCCGGCCCGUGUGUGUGGACGUGCCCGUGCGCGUGCCCAGGGCGGCCCUGCCCGGGAGCCUCCGCGGUGUCCCGGGCGCGGCCCGGCUGCGGACUCUGCCUUGCUUUGCUUCUGUUCAGCUGUUUCUCUGCUGCAUUUCCAGCAGAUUUCUUUCCUACACUGCACCGGAUUGCUAUAUUUUUAACCAAAAAUAAACUAACGAUUAGAGCAUGUUCCAGUUAAA